AUGAGCCAAGAAUGGCAAGAACAUCGUCAACAGAACCAGAAUCAACCCCCACUGCAGGACCAUGCGGAGGAGAUUGCCCGACGGAGGUUGAAGGACUUCCGUAACUUUCAACCACCUAUCUUUGAAGGUGGAGACCACCCUGAGGCUGCAGCAAACUGGCUGCAGAUGAUCGAACAUAUCUUCGAACGGAUGGGAUGCCCAGAGGCUCAGAAGCCGGACUAUGCCUCCUAUCAGUUGACGGGAGAAGCAUUGACAUGGUGGACCGGCGCGAGAGCUCUGCUGCGAGCUCAGAAUACUGAAGUGACCUGGGCUGUGUUCAGGAGGGUAUUCUUGGACAAGUACUUCCCAAAAGCAAUGCGAAGAAUGAAACACACAGAGCUACUGUCUUUGAGGCAAGGAAACAUGACUAUCAAUGAAUACAUUGCAAAGUUUGCACAACUGAUGGAAUAUACCAAUUUUGACCGUAACAUCUAUGAUGAGGAGUGGCAAGUGGAGAAGUUUGAGAGUGGAUUGCAUCCCGAGAUCAGAAAGCUCAUGUUGACCACGGCUAUCCAUACUCUGCCCGAAAUCAUUAAUCAAAGUCGGCAGGCAGAAGGCAUUAUCAUGGAAGCAAGAAAUUUGAAUAGACAACCGGUGCAACAGCAGGGAGGAAACAGAGGGGGCAGAUUCUUCAAGAAGAACACGGGAAUGAACAAGGGAAAGGGUCCACAGAUGCAAGCUCGGAAUGGUAAUUUCAAGAGAAAUACUGCACCCGGUCAGUCAUCAGCAGGACGUCAGGGUCCCAGUGCAUGUUCUAAUUGUGGGAAAAACCAUGCUGGAGUCUGUUUACAGGGAAGCAACACAUGCUACAGAUGUGGUCAACCUGGACAUUUCGCUUCUAAAUGUCAAAACUAUGCAAGUCAGCAACCUACUCAGGCCAGAGUGUUCACCCUCGAUGCUAAUGAGGCGCAGAAAUAUCCGAAUCUUAUUCGAGUACUCCUACGGGGGGAUCCUGUACAGCCUCAGAAAUUUGCAGAGGCGUUCUUCUGGAGUAUGAAGGAAGCAUUUAUACAAUCAACUUAG